AUGUGGUUCAGCUCGACUGAAAUGGAUAACCCAGCUUUCGAAAUGCACGGAGAGAGCCUACACAGGCCUUCGAAAGGAACAGAGUGGCCGACAAAAGAGGAGAAAAAAGGCGGCCGGUCCCUGAUGAAAGUGUUUUUAGUUUGCCUGCUGGCCUGUAUCAUCACCACGGCGAUCGGAGUGCUGGCCCUGUCCUUGGUCUACGUGAAGAACCCCGUCUUUAUCAAAGAUGCUCGAGAUAACGGCGCGUCUUCCCCUGAACCGGCCGACAAGAGCGCAGAUUUCAAAUUCCAGUUCCUGAACCACCUGGGGAAAUCGAAGGUAUAUGACUACCCCGGCGGUGCAAUCCAGUGGGCGAGGUUCAGGAAGGACGUAAAUGAAUAUCAAAGCGAGGAAGAAAUGGAAUUUGGGAAAAGCAUCAACAACCAUCGCUCCAAAAUGACUUUCGGGACCUUACGGAUCAAAAGCAAAGGGCUUCGGGCUCCCCACUGGCAUUUUAAUGCCAACGAGCACGGCUACCUGCUACAGGGUACCGCCUGGAUUGGAGUAAUCGGCGCCGACGACAGCGUGGUCACCACGUACAACGUCACGGCCGGCCAGGUGAUCUUCUUCCCUCGAAACACCGUGCACUGGAUCAAGAACGUCGGAUCCGAAGACUGCUUUUUCCUUCUCUUCUUCACGACGCACGAAGAACUCCAGACCUUGGACGUAGACGACGCCUUUUUCUCUACGCCAGAGGACAUAGCAGCCAGAGCGUUAAAGCCACAAGGUGGAGUCAACUUCAUCCGAACCUUCAAGAAACAAGCGGCAGAUCAAGCCGUUAACCUCCCGCCCAAUUUAGACGAGCUCGUCCAAAACGCAACCUACGUGCAGUCUCCGGACGACUUGGUGUGGAGGUACUUCUACAACCUCAAAGGGUCGGCGGAAUAUCCUUUCCCAGGAGGAGUCUUCCAGUGGGCUCGCUACCGCAGAAACGGCACCGGCCUGAACGAAACGGAAAAAAUCUUCAGCGAGUCGCUGAACAAGCACGAGGACACCCUCACCUUAGCGACUCUCCGGAUAUUCAGCAACGGGCUGGGGCAACCGCAUUUCCACUUCAACGCCAACGAGAUGGGCUACGUCAUCAGCGGCUGCGCGCAGGUCGGAGUUAUUCUCUCCGGAGCCACGGCCAACUUCAACAUCGGCAUCGGAGACGUCAUUUUUUUCCCCGUCGGGACCCAACAUUAUAUCAAGAGCGUGUGCGACGAGGAUUUGUUUUUGGUCCUAGCCUACAGUACGGGAAACCAGCUGGAAACUCUUCGCAUGAACGACUACUUCCAUUCGACGGCCGACCAUAUCCUCGCUCAGCUUUUCUUCAAGGAACAGGCCGAGUUUAAGAAGCUCCCGAAAGCCAAAUAA